GGCGAACCAACAUUGACCUUUGAAUCGCCAUUUGAGAAUACACAUUCAUAUUCAACUUGUUCAACCACUCGAAAAUCAAUUCUCAAAUCGUUACUAAAUUCGCAUGCGAUAUCGCUACAAGAAGGAUCAGCUUCUUCAAUAAUUGACCGUUCCUUUCAGAGCAUUGAGAUAAAACCAUUCGUACUGGAUAAAUAGACUCUCCAAGUCCUCUCAGGCGCACAGCACCAACCCCUGACGUCUCAUCUCAUAACGCGACAAGAUGGCGGACUCAAGAGAUAGCAAGUCGUACAAAUAUCGCCAGGAGAUCAGUCAAAUGAUGUACGUCUCCGGCGAAACUGCAGAACCACCCGUCGAAACAACAAGUAUCAUCGAAGACAUUGUCCGCCAACAAGUCAUCGAACUCCUCCGGAACUGCACUGAACUCGCUUCGCGUCGCGGUUCAAAAUCCAUCAGCAUCAACGAUCUCAUCUUCCAGAUCCGCCAUGACCAAGCAAAAGUCUCUCGUCUACGCACGUUCCUCUCGUGGAAAGACGUGCGAAAGAACGUCAAGGACUCUGAUGACAAGGGCGCUGAUGCCGAUAUCGCUGCUGGUGAUGACCCCGUGGCUGCGGGUGAUAACACAACGGAUGAAGCAGCCAAGAAGAACAAAAAGGCAAAAGUCGGGUUGCCUUGGGAGCCUUCGUCGUACUACAACGUUGAAGUGCCUGAGCGCGAGGAUGAAGAGGAUGAAGAGGAGGAGGAGAUGAACUACAUCACACUGCAGCGCCUACGCAAAGCAGAUGAGCGCACAAAGGCCAUGACGAAGGAGGAGUACGUUACGUGGUCUGAAUAUCGUCAAGCAUCGUUCACCUACCGCAAAGGCAAGCGAUUCCGCGAGUGGGCUGGCUUCGGCAUCGUCACAGAUAGUAAACCCUCCGACGACAUUGUCGAUAUUCUCGGCUUUCUCACAUUCGAGAUGGUCCAGACCCUCACCGAGAUGGCGCUCAAGGUCAAGGAGCAGGAAGAUCUAGUGCGCGCUCAAAACGGAGGAGACAAUGUUGGAAAUGCAAAGAAGCGGAAGCACGAGGGCGCGUUGUUCGAUUUCCCCAGUGAGGGAAAGACGCCAAUCGAGCCUCGCCAUGUUCAAGAAGGAUCACGACGAUUGCAGCAGAGGCCGAAGAAGUCGAGGGCCAUGCUCAACGGCACCAGAAUUGCUCAACACACACCGCUCAACAUCUUCUAGUGUGAUAUAUGUGCAACAUUCAUGACUUAUUGUAUGGCAAGGCGUUGGAUUAGGAACAUCACCGAUGCUAGGAUUGGCUAGUGGGAAAGGCGUAUGGAAAGGAUAUUCGGAUGUUUAUUAAGGUAUUACUUGAUAGAUUGGUGCCAACAACUCGUCGGCUAUUUCUACCUGCUUUUUGCGACUUCCGUGCUGUAACUCCCAACCCUAUGCUCGAGUCACAGACAUCUUGCGUCGUCGAGCAGCUGCAGCAUCCUCACAGAGUCGCGAGCCAACUCUCACUAAACUCACGGGCAAUUUCUCCUCGCCGUCACUAUCGGCAUCCUUCUCAUCAUCCUCUCUCCUUUGAUUUCGUCUUUUCGCAUGGCCCGCACGUAUUGUUUGCGUUCGCUGCAGCCCACUGGCCCUACUCUCGACUGUUGGAACCUCCUCUGCCGGAACACCGGUCGUGCGGCUAUCAGCAGUCGGCAUGCGAGACAGAGGCAUCCGCGUCAAGUGCUUACGCUCCCGAUAGUUGCUGAAAGUAGGAGUCUUUAGUAGACCGCUGCGGAAAUCAUUAACUCCGACCAG